UGCCAUCCUCGUGGGUGAGUCUCUCGGCUACGUCAGUGAUCUCGAAUUCGGUCUUUGGUGAGAAGCAGUGCGUUCGCGUCCACUAGGAUUUGCAUCUUCACUUGUGGUGUUUCUGUGCUUUUGUUUGACCGACGAGAGCUCCACUGCCUGGCCGCUCACACCGGCUGCGGGCUCAGCUCCGGCACGGGUAGGGACGGACACCGCCUCCACGCUGACUCGCCCGCGUUCACGCACGUACGAGUUGCGCAGAUUGUACUCGGAGAGAGCAUAGGACCGGAAGAGGAAUGCUAAAAGGGCCUAAACAUGGCGGUGUCCGCCGACAACCAUUGGCUCCCUUAUGCCGUGCACCAACGUCCGCAGUGUGAAUAGGCGCCGAAUAGCACUUCUAUAUACGCCGCACCCGCGGUGAAACCACCUCCGAACAACUCACGUUACGACCGUUUGCCGCUUUUUUUCGGCCCAGGAUUCUGACGACAAGCCCGCCGACAAAGCUCUUGUGGCCCGGGUAGUCUUUGGCUGGGACAAAGGCCUUGAUCCUCGUCCAGAUCUCUACUGCGGAGUGUAAAGGCUUCUUGCUGACCGUCAUGACCGAGACGAACACGAUGUCGACCUCUCCCGAUGGAAAUGAACACCAGACGAAUUCUCAGCCCAAGAAGAAGAAAAUCGAUGACCCUCCACUUCCACCAGACCUCGGCAUGAAACCUGUGCAGCUCCAGCGUCGCCGGGUUUGGCGAGCAUGUGAAAGCUGCAGACGGAAGAAGAUUAAGUGCGAUGGAGUCGAGCCUACGUGCUCACAGUGUGCUGCGUCCAAGUCCCAGUGUACUUGGCUCCAGACAAAAGACAGGGCGGCGUUAAGUAGACACUAUGUUCAAGAGCUCGAAGCCCGUCUCCAGCACAUGGAAGGCCUUUUUCAACAGAUCUCCCCGGUUCUCGAACAAAUUGGCCAAGCAACCGGCCUUGAUGUCUCCGGCCUUGCGUCCGGUUCUGGUGCACCUGGCUCGAACACCAUCCCUCCCAAUCUCCUUCAAGCUCUCUUGAACGCAAGGAAAGACCCGUCCGCUGCCCCCACGCGAUCAUCAUCUCCUACUCAGGUGAAAACGGAAGACGACAUGUCGGAAUCGUUCGGGCAGCUAGCGCUUGAUGAGCACGGCCAGAUGCGCUGGAUAGGUAGUUCUUCCACCAUGUCUCUCAUCCAGUCGUUCAAGACCCUUACCACGUCGCCUAUGCAUCGCGUCUCCCCCAUGGAGGAGGACCCGCUUGCGCCUGGACCGAGCGUAAACAAGCUGUAUUUCCCUGCAUCUGUCUUCUUUGGAAAGGUCCGUGUGCUUCCUGGACCCGAAGAGGUUGAAUGGCCGCCUAAGGAUCUCGCAGACAAGUUGGUUGAUGCAUACUUUACUCGCUUCCACUUCCUCAUGCCAAUCAUUGACAAGGCGUCGUUCCUUCGACGUUACGUUUACAUCAUGGAUAACCUCGGCGACAAGGCAAUAGCUCGCGAGCAGACAGCGUUUCUUUCCCUUGCGAACGCGGUCUUCGCUUGCGCGGCAAAGCUUGUAGACGACCCGCGGUUAUCUAAUACCGAAGGCCUAGACGAGUCCGGAAUGGGUAUGGUAUACUAUGAACGGGCCUUGAUCCUCCAUUAUAUUUGUCACUCGACCAUGCUGGUCGAGCAUGUCCAGUGCUUCCUGCUCAUGUCGACCUUCUUGUGCUCAGUGAACUGCCUGCCGCAAGCCUGGAUCCUCGUAGGUCAAGCCGUUCGUAUCGCGCAGGAUAUCGGUCUGCACAGAUCUCCGCGACGCCUCGUGAUUGAUUCGAUCGAGAAGGAAACGCGGCGUAAAGUCUGGUGGGGUUGUUACAUCCUGGACCGAAUGCUCGCCCUAGUGCUCGGACGACCUCUCGGCAUCGAUGAUAAGGACUGCGACGUUGAACUGCCUGUGGACGUCGAAGACGAGAGCCUUCCAGAGUAUUUCGCGGGUGCGAACAUGUCGAGGAGCUCACCGUCUUUGAUGAAGGGAUUCAUCGAGCAGAUCAGCUUAUACUCUAUCGGCGGCAAGGUCCUGCGCCAGGUGUAUUCCUUGGACAAGUGCAAGGAGUACCUUGAACCGGAGAAGCGCGCGGAAUUGAACCGUUCGGUGGAGUCGCUGGACAGAGCCCUUGACAAAUGGUGCGAAGAGCUUCCGAUCGUCUUCAAGUCGAAUCCCAUCUCCGACAAGCAGGUCUCCAUGGCGGCGGUUCUCUGUACACACUACUACUCCAUUCUGACGACUCUGCACCGCAAUUUCUUGCCGGUCAAACCCGACCAACCAGUCCUUGCCCGAUCGACAGCAAAGGCUGUCUCAACGGCCCGAGCGUGUCUUAGGCUUGCACCUUCCAUUCGGAACGUUGUUCCGCCCAGUCAUCAUAUGGCGUUCUUCAUUCAGACUUUAUUCAGCUCUGCAGUGAUCAUCCUCCUGUAUGCCAUGCACACUACAGACCCAGGCGCAGCACGCACCGCAAUGGAUGAAGCGAGAAGCUGCCUCGGAUUCCUUGAGAGCUGGGAAGGCUCAUGGCCUGGAGCGCGCAAGUGUAAGGAGUUGCUGGAGGACCUUAUCGCCACGGCUGCGCAAGCGAUUCGGUCUCUCGUCGACAACCAGGCAAGGAUACCCCCACUGUCGACGCCUUCCAAUCCUUCGUCGUCAGGCACUCCGCAGAACCUCCCUUCCGGGCCUGCAUCUCCGUCUCCCGUACCUGCUGGCUCCAUGGGUGCUCCUGUGAACCUGCCAGCUGGAAGGGUACCGGUGAAGGACAGAACUUCGAGGCGCAACCGUUCGAGGGAUCCUCGGCUGUCACCGCGAUUGAUACCUCAGUCUGGUUACCACCGCCAUGAUCCGUUAAGCCAACGCGCACGGUCCACUUCACGCAAACGCCCAAUGGGUGAUGAUGAUUUCGAGUACGGCAACCCGUCGUUGUCCAGUGUCCUGUCCGGUUCGUACCCAGGCCGGUCGACACUCAGUGCACAUAGUUCGCCUGUCUCGGUCAACAGCCAUCCAUCACCGCCAACGAAACUAGAACCAACGUUGGAAGCAAGUCCGCAAAUGGUGCCGAUGAAUUCAUUCAACAUGAAUCCUCAGUCUCCCACCGUUCAAAUACCUCAAUCUUCACAGUACCAGACUUACGACUACGGCAUAGCUCAAAGUCCGAGCGAGAAUAACUGGACCGGCAGGGAUCCGAACGGCACUAUCUACGAAGACCCGUCACAGGGCAACGGCAACUACUCGUUCAUGCGCGGCACAGGCGAGCCCGGUCUGGCCCCCACUCAGUACAUGGAUCAACUAGCCGAGAUGGGCCAGAACCUAUCGAUCAUGGCCGGCAGCCCGCCGCAAAUGUCUGGCUUUGCUGGCCCUGGACUGCCCUUCAGAGGUCUGGACUUCAUUCGCAACUACACUCCGGGUGGUUACACGAUGUCCAACGACGACGCCUUGUGGCAGACACUCGACCCGGACUCUUUCAUGGAUCCGCAAAUUCCGUUUACCUUUGGUGAACUGCCUCCUGAUGCGCAUGACGGACAGCAGCACUGGUCCGGCGAGGGACAGCCACAAUAAUUCUUGUAGUAUUUAUGGUUGUAGGUGACUAUUACUCUAUGUUCUCUAUGAUUCUCCGUGUAGGUGUAAGAACUUUGGGAGACCGUUUCGGCUCCUUGCCACCCUUGGCUCUCAUGCCUUGUCGCUCUCCAUUCUCGCCGUUAUUCGUUCGUCUCUUGCUUUCGUACCGGUCGCAAUGACCAUAUACGUAGUACUACCCGCUGUAUCGAUAUUGGUUAUGUCCUAUCAUAGCUUACCUUUUAACAACGACUACUAACACCCCUACCUAUUUUUAUUCGUUAUUUCGAGCUCAGGAAAUAAUAUCAGAUGUC